AUGCCACCGAAGCGGAAGGCGGCGGCGGCAGCGACGGCGGCGGCGGCGGCACCGCGCCGGUCCAAGCUCGCCAAGGAGCACAACGUGUCGGCGCAGGAGGAGAACGAGAUCCGGGAGGCCUAUAGCCUGUUUUCCGAGCCCGCAGACGGGGAGAAGAACGGGGUGCUACCGAUUGACGACGUCAAGUCUGCGUUGAUUGCCCUUGGCGUGCCGCCCUCCUCCCCCGCCGAACUCCGCGAGUUCGUCUCCAUCCUCGACCCGGACGACGACGGGUACGCGACCUACGAGCCGUUCUUCGCCAUCGCGGCGCUCAAGUUCCACGCCCGGACGGACGAAGGCGGCGACGAGCCGUCGGGGGACAGGCACGCGGCGGAGGUGGACGAGGCGUUUGCGCUGUUCACGAACCACCAGGAGGGCCCGAUCACGCUGGCGCACCUGCGGCGCGUGGCGGCGGUGCUCAAGGAGGACGUCGACGAGGAGCUGCUCAAGGACAUGAUCCUCGAGGCCAACGGCGGGGCGGGCGUGGCGCGCGGGGUGCGCGCGGACGAGUUUGACGCGGUGAUGCGGAGGGCGGGCGUGUGGCGGUGA